GCGCAGGAGGGGCGUGGCCGGAAGCGGAAGCGGGAGCGGAAAGGGGAGCGCGGGCGCUGCGGCGGCCCCGGCGGCGGCCCCGGCAGGAUGAGCGAGCCCGAGCUGCUGCUGGACUCCAACAUCCGGCUGUGGGUGGUGCUGCCCAUCGUCUUCAUCACCUUCUUCGUGGGCAUGAUCCGGCACUACGUGUCCAUCCUGCUGCAGAGCGACAAGCGCCUCACGCAGGAGCAGGUGUCCGACAGCCAAGUCCUGAUUCGGAGCAGAGUCCUUCGAGAAAACGGGAAAUACAUUCCUAAGCAGUCAUUUCUGACACGGAAAUAUUAUUUUAACAAUCCAGAGGAUGGAUUUUUUAAGAAAACGAAAAGAAAGGUCGUGCCCCCUUCACCAAUGACAGACCCUACCAUGCUGACAGAUAUGAUGAAAGGGAAUGUAACCAACGUUCUGCCUAUGAUCCUCAUCGGUGGUUGGAUCAACAUGACUUUUUCAGGAUUUGUCACAACAAAGGUCCCGUUUCCUCUGACGUUGCGUUUUAAACCAAUGUUGCAGCAGGGGAUUGAACUGCUCACCUUGGAUGCGUCCUGGGUGAGCUCUGCUUCCUGGUACUUCCUGAAUGUGUUUGGGCUCAGAAGCAUUUAUACUCUCAUCCUGGGCCAAGAUAACGCUGCAGAUCAGUCUAGGGUGAUGCAAGAACAAAUGACAGGGGCAGCAAUGGCCAUGCCAGCAGAUACUAAUAAAGCAUUUAAGACGGAGUGGGAAGCUUUAGAACUAACUGAUCAUCAGUGGGCCUUAGAAGAUGUAGAAGAGGAGCUCAUGGCAAAAGACCUCCAUUUCGAAGGCAUGUUUAAGGAAGAACUUCAGACCUCCAUCUUCUGAAUCUGAGAAUAUGCUUUUCUCUCUUGUCAAAGUCAUUUGAAAAUAAAUAUGUUACUUAUAACUCUAUAAUGUAUCUUAGCAAGGCUGAGAAUAAAAGAGAAACACCCUGCUCAGAACUGCAGUGACCGAACUGUGAUUUGAGCCCCAGGACUAAGUCUCAUUUGAGGCAAGGGCUCUCAGUGUGAGUUUUUAGCUGGAGUUCUGUUUCUCUCGCUGGGAAAUGUUAGCUGGAGAAAAGACCUAAAAUUGCCAGUUCUAGGACAGAAAGAGCAAGUCUGCCUGAGUUAAGCCACUUAAAAUUUCACAAGACUGAAAAGUACCAGGAGUAGCUGUGACUGUGAUUUUAUCCUUUUUUAAAAGCACCGAGUUAGUGCUCUUUUUUUUUUGAACAGUGAAGACUUACUUCAUUGCGUUAGCAAUUCACAACUGACUUAGUGAGAAAGUAUCCAAGAAGCAGUGUGAGGAUUCAGUUUCUGAGAGCAGUGGUCGUCCUUCACCUCUGCACUCUUGCCUGUUAAAAUAAUCAGGUUUUGAAGCUUUCUCAGAAGGGAACAGAAACGAGAGGGAGAUACUCACCACUUGCUCAUGGCAAAGCGUGGUACAGCUCUCACCUUCCUCUCGUAUCUAAGCCUGCACCAAAGCUCCCCAGUGCUGCAAAAUCCCAUCUGCUUUCUUCUGCCCUGGUCAGCCAGGUGGUCAUGGGGGCAACUUCUGGCCCUGCUUUGCCACUUCUGUUCCUGGGCAGUGCAGAGCCAGUAAACACAGACUAUUUCUCCAUUCAUUUAAUCCUUCCACAAUCCCUUUGUAAGCACCUACAGAGCCCCUCAUGCCUUCCACACUUGCAGCAGGACGUACACCCUCCCACAGCUGAAAGAGCUCCCGGAACACCAGGCGCCCGCAGGACCAGCAGAGGUCACAACAAAAGCUGAAAACACAACAAAACCCAGUUUCAGUGCAAACCACUCUUUAAUUUUCCUCUUUGUACAACAGAGCCAGCCACUUACAAAGUGCUAGUCUAAAAACAGGUCUGGUAGUACAGCACACACACACCAGCUGAAGCCCAGCAGCUCAGAGGCAGAGAAAGUAAAAGCUGGGCCACUUUUUCUGCAUUACAACAGAGUCUGUUCAGCAUCUGAGCACUGGAGAUUUAGCCUCAUCGAUGUGUUUCUGUGUCAGCACAGGUUGGAAGGUGAAGAGGAGAACAAAGGCUAUUUCAUAUUCAUUUUUUUUACUUUGAAAGGUCUUUUACUCCCCUCCCUUUUACUCUCUUCCCCACUUUGGAAUGCCCACAUGAUUUUCUUUGAGGGUAAAAUGAACAAAACAAUGCUGAUCAGAGUAAUUCAGUGCAGUGCUACAGCUUAAAGAUUGCUUUUUGGAUGCUUCCCUCAGUAACAAGGCAAAAAUAAAACCAAUAUUAAGAGUUGUAAAAACCCCAAGCAACCCCCAAACGAGAACAGCAGAAGCAGUUAAGCAAUUCUGAUCUCCAACCCCAAAUUUCAAUGUUUUAAAAGCAAAAUUCUGCAGAAGAAGAUCAUAACACAAGUGUGGCACCUAGAGGCAGCCCUCCCUCCUCCUCUCUAUCGCCUUCCAGGGCCCUGGCUCAGGGGCCUCAUGGCACUGCCCUCCUUUACCAUUGCUCGGAGCUGAAAAAGACAGCGAGUUUGCUUGGCUGCAGCACAGCAGAGGUGCAGGGACGGGCACACAACAAUUCCCUUCGGAGUUAGCUGUUGAGAGCCACGGAAAUGAAGAUCAGCUGACAUAUUUGGAGUCAAAGCUGGUAAUUACGCUGACCACCAGAGGUUGCGGUCAGCAACGAAACCACAGGGACUGUGCACAGAGAACCAGGUGGCUGCAAAGUGUGCAUCCUGGUGGCCUCUCUCAGCCUUUUGUCCUGCCAAUGCACUUGGCUCCAAGAAGGAAAAACACUCCUGUUUGGCUCCCCACCUCGAGUCAAAUCUUUCCCUAAAGACACAGACUAAGGCUAUAGAUUUUUCCCAUUUUUCACAAGAAAGACCAGUUGUCCACCGAGGAACUAGUGCUCAGAGGAAUCCUCAUUCAAGAAAGCUGGACUUGAGUCCUACAAGUAACACAGACAGUAAAGGAGGAGAGGGGAGAGCUCUUUCCUCCUAUGCCAAAAGGAUGGAGCAGAACUAUUGAACAGCUCAGGCAGAGAGAGCUUGGACAGGACCGUCACACCUGCAGCCUUGCAGAAGAUGAUGGGGUGAGGGAUCCAAAGGGCAGCCCUCAAGGGAGGAGAAAGGCUGCAAGAGCAGCCCAGAAAAAGAAAUUGCAAGAGAAAAGGCUUAAAACUCACACAAUCCAUUGCACUGGGCUGUCAUCCUUACAGGCGACAGCUCUGGAGACACAGUGCUGAGCUUUGCCAGAGGAAAAGCUCCAAGGAGUCACAAAUGAGCAAAAGGGAUAAAAAUGCUGCCACUGCACAAACCAUUGAAGUGGUGGAAGCAGAAAAGUGCUUACAGAGCGGCCUGAAAGUGAGGAGCACAGGACACGGAUGGAGAGGACAAGAAAUCACCAACCUUAUGGAUGAUACUUUCUCUGCAGAAGAAUGGGAACCCAAGCCAGAACAGCUGUAUCCCGUGUGGAUCAGCCUGCACAUACACCACACCGUAGGCAGGUAUGAUUCGCUUCCAGCAAAGCUUCCUACAGUACAGGAUUCAGUGCUCACGUGAAAAAGGCUGAGUCAAAACUGCCCCGAAGAACGUCAAGGGCAUCAAUGAAAAGACA